AUGAUUCGUAUUCCUAAUCAUAUGAUUAUACCUUGGAAAAAUGAAGGGUUUUUACAAUCUCUUAUUGAAUAUAUUUAUUCGAAUCUAGCUGAAUGUUACUUAGAUGUUACCUAUUUUACUGGUCGUGCCAUACUUGCUACCAAGAAUGAAUGUAUUAAUUGUAUUAAUAAUAUAAUUCUAGACCAGAUGCCUGGCAAUGUUAUAACUUACAAAAGUUAUGAUUCU